AUAUAUAUAUAUAUAUAGAGAGAGAGAGAGAGAGAGAGAGAUGCACUCAUUAAAUUGGAAAUGAGAUGCACACAUAUAGGAGGUGCAUGUAGAGCCACAAGAACAGUCUCUAUUGCCAGCAAAACACCAAAAAGCUGUGGGUAGCAAGAAUCAUGUGAUCUGCCCCUCCUCCCCCUCCUCCUUUUCUUCUCUCUCUCUCUCUCUCUCUCUUACUUGCUUUCUCUUCCUUGGUGUUUUUGGGCAAGAACAUGGCAUCAACAGUCUCAAGAUUCAUCAAGUGUGUCACUGUUGGGGAUGGAGCAGUUGGGAAGACCUGCAUGCUCAUCUGCUACACCAGCAACAAGUUCCCAACUGAUUACAUACCCACUGUGUUCGAUAACUUCAGCGCCAACGUUGUUGCAGAAGGGAUCACUGUGAAUCUGGGCCUCUGGGAUACUGCUGGGCAGGAGGAUUACAACAGAUUGAGGCCAUUAAGCUAUCGAGGAGCAGAUGUAUUUGUGCUGGCUUUCUCGUUGGUGAGCCGGGCGAGCUAUGAGAAUGUUCUGAAGAAGUGGAUACCUGAGCUUCAUCAUUAUGCUCCUGGAGUUCCUGUUGUCCUGGUUGGGACUAAGUUGGAUCUUCGUGAAGAUAAGUACUAUUUGGCAGAUCAUCCUGGUGUGGUGCCUGUUACUACUGCACAGGGAGAGGAACUCCGUAAGCAGAUCGGCGCUGCAUAUUACAUAGAAUGCAGCUCAAAAACUCAACAGAAUGUCAAGGCAGUUUUUGAUGCUGCCAUCAAAGUCGUUAUUCAGCCUCCCACAAAAAGAAAAGACAAGAAGAAGAAAAAGUCACGACAUGGGUGUUUGAUAUUGAAUUUCCUACGCGGAAGGAAGCUUAAGUGAAAGUGCUCUCAGUAGUUAGUAGAUUUAGGUUGAAUCUCUCUUGCAUUUAUAUCCUAAUAUAUGAAGAUUAACGAUGAAUCAGAUAAAGUUUGAUGAUGCUGAAGUUCUUCUAAUCUGUAACUGUGCACCUGAUCAUUCCAAAGAAAAUGGGCAUGUUCAUGUUGCAAGAACAGAAUAGUUGGUUUUUCUGUGGAUACGAGCACAUGAUGUAACUGGGUCAUUUUCCAAUAGUUGCGCUGUAUUUGAUAUGUAAAGGAAAAGUUAAUAACAUAAAAAGACUUCCUAA